AUGGCAAGAGGCCGGCCUCAUGGCCGGUCCAAGUCUGAUCACAGGGUCUGUCAGGAAGCUCGGUAUGCGCGCGCUGCUGAGUACAGGGAGAGGAUAAGCAUCAGCGUUGAGCAGCAGGAGGCGCGCAUCGCUGCUGUGAACGCUGAGUGCGAUGUUCAAGAUGCCUCUCAGAAACGAAGAAGCCAGAAGUCCAGUAGUCUGAAGAAAGAGGCAUGGACUGCUCGUGGGUCAGCACAGCGCGGGUAUUGCACAGCGUCUGGGAGUGGAGCAAAUCAGCGCCUUGGGAAAAUGCUUGGCAAAGCUGCCGAAAGAGACUUGCACAGUCUUCACUGCCACGCGUGCGGCACCACUGCAGAGCUUGGGCUGCGGGGAAGCAAGGAGGGGGGCAGCGUCAAGUACUCGUGCAGAACGCAUGCCCCAUCCACCGGUUGCUUUCGGGUCGAUAAAGACCGCGCAGGUUGGGCAGAGGACCGAGAGCUGCGCCGCUUGAGAGCAGAGGAGAGAAGAUUGGAAGAGGAGCUGCGAAACCUUGGAGGGACCUCGUUCGCCGCAAAACCGACAUCAGCUUGGAAUGAGUCGCAAAGUACGGGGGAUUGGGCUUCAUUGCCCAUGAGCAAGUCGCUCAUAGCCACUCAUCCAAUCAUGGGUGGGCUUGAGAGCAACCCUGGACCUACUGCAGACGAGGGGCUGUACAACAAGGACUACCUGACGCGCGAGCUGCUGCCGAAGAACGGCGUGCACACCAACCCGCAGGAUGAAGCGUGGAUCAUGUCGGGGGCCUUCACUGUGGAGGACCUGAUGAGCAAGGACGAGGAGGAGCCUGGCCCCACGGACGCGCAAGGCAUGACCGGGACUGCCAGCAAGGCGCGGGAGGUGGACAAGGCCAUGUCGGAGGGACCGCUGCCAGAGGAGGGCUGUGCGCCAAGUGCCUUGGAACAAAUUAUGGGCAGCUGCUCCUGCUUCCACCGCGGGGAGGAGGGCCAUGUGUCCCCCAACUGCCCCAAUGGCUGCUGGCGGCUAUGCUUCAUGUGUGGGGAGGACGGGCACUUUGCGCGGGACUGCAUCAACGAGGGCUUCGCAGGCAACGGCAGGAGGAUGCGCGACCCGCAGAGCGGGCCACUGAGAGACGACUGGGCGCAGCAGAUGGCAGAGGACGAGCUUGGUUGCAGCAACAAGCACGACCGCAAGAUGCUCAUGGUUGAUGCACGACACUCUGUGGACCGGCAGUACGGCAGCCUUUGCGAGACCGUCGCCGCUCAAGCCGGGGGGGAGGACCAGAAGGCAGUGGAGAUUUGCGACCAGAUGAAAUCCCCGAGCCCUAUCGACGAGCUGUGUCAACGACCCAAGACCCCAAACAGCGUCCAACAACCUAAAACCAGCAGUGUCUCUGGAGAGACUGAGAUGCGGGGUUCAGUGUCGUCGAACGGGGCUGUAAAAGGGCAACCCAGCAAAAACAUGCAGGUGUUCGUGAGGACACCAGGAGGGAUGACGGUUGCUAGGGCAAUUCUCCAAUCAGCCACUGCCGCACAACUGCUGAAGACCUUCCAGGGAAGCUCGCCGGAAGCGGAUACACGAUUGACGUUCUGUGGAAGGCCUUUGGAAGCAUCCACGCCGCUGCGCAGCUGUGGCGUCAAGGCCAACCACACCUUAGACCUCCUGCUUCGACUGAGGGGAGGAGGGGACGACGGCGCUCCGCCUGGAAACAACGAAACAGCUGGCAAACACGACGAGGAGAUAGAGAUGGAACUGUGCAUCUGGAGGACGUCGGACCUUAAUGCGAUACCAAAGGGGGAGACAGAGGGGAUCCCUAUGGACAUCAAACUGCUGCCAGACACUGCUGCUGAAGAAGCCCAGCGCUUGCACUUGCUGGACCAGUUUGGCAAAAAGGAGAGAGUCUUUGUGUGGGGUAGGCCCCUGCGCCCUGGGGGUGAUCCUGUCUUCCGGGAAGUCGAGCGGGCAAAGGCUCUAAAAGCCCCGCCACUGAUGGAGCGGCUGACUCAGCGCCCCCAGAUCAAAGUUUUCUCAGCUGCUGGCAGGAGGGGUCAGGAUGCAGAAGCGGGCCAAUCUACCGAUGUGGAGAUGCAGGAUGCUGAUCAGGGGAGCCCGGAUUAUGCACGGAGCGACAUCCUGGCGUUGCAGAACUGGGCGGCCAUCUCAGAUGCGGGCCUCAAGGCUAGCUCGUCUGAUCCGCGCUUGGAGAAGAGCAGAGACGCUGAGUGGUUUUGCGUACAACACCAUUGCGAAGCUGUGAUUAGCCGAGCUAGGGGUGCACUUGGAAAGCUGCAAACAGAGCUACAGAUUGUCCCCUUCGAGCAGCCCUCUCAACUCGCACAUGCCGCAGAAAUUAACCAGAACAAGAUCCCCCUGGCAAGGGGAGAGCCCAGUCUCCUAGUGGACCGUCUCCCAAGUUCUCACUUCAAAGAGCUGACGCGGACGCAAGCCCCAGAGCUACUUGAAGCGAUGGAAAAGAGGCACACGUUUCAGAACCUCUCCGUAACGAGCUUCAUGGCUGCCUCGGGCUAUGGGAAGACAAGGACUGCGCUGGAGCUGGGCUGCUUGCGGGCAGGUCUUCUCUACUUUAGCUGCUGCGGCCAAGAAGAGGUCGGCUCGAGCGACUUGUGGGAACUCUUGGGCCGCCUCAAGGUCACGUGCAAGGAGGGCUCUGAUUCCUGGGAGAGCAACCAAGCGCGGGUGCAGAAGCACGUGUACGCUGUGCUGCUUUCGCGCCUGAAGCACCUCAGCGAGUGCCUCUUCUUGGGAUGUGACCCCCAGCAGUGGCUGCUCUACCAGCUCGUGGCGGUCUAUCAGGGGCAGCAGGACACUUUUGCGGAGGCGUACAAUGUGCUGCGGCAUGCGUCGCUCGAGGAACUCAAGGAGCUCGUCCACACCGAACUAGCGGCCUGUCUGAGCACCCUAAAGGCUGAGGGGGUCAAGUUCCUGAUCCUGGUGUUGGACGAGGCUCAGCUCUGGGCAAAGGAGCUUCCUGGCAUGUUCUCGAAUGGGGCCGUCGCAGGGCAGGCAGAGGGGCGGCCCCUGCUGUCAGCCUUCCUCGCUGUCAUCGCCAGCGAUUCCGCCCUCUUCAAGAACAUUCAUGUCGUGCUUUCGGGCACGGGGUUGUCAUUGUCUCAGAGCAUGCUCGUGGCUUCAGCAUUGAUGAAAGUGGGAAGCAAGCCGUUCCCUGUUGUCGAGUUCGGGACCUUCAAUGAGGCAUCCGCACUCACCUAUCUGGUGAGCUAUGCGGGUUCGCAGGACAUUCCAGAACACGACCUGAAGUUCCUUGUUGGGAGGAGGCGCUUUGCAGCCAGGGUUGUGCUGGACUGGGCGCUGAGCGGACAGGAGGACGUCUUGACGUGUCUUAGAUCCUUAGUCCGGCUGCACACAACAGAGGAAGGAAAGGAACGUUUCUUGGCAAACGAGCUCGAGGACGUGUAUGAACGCCAGUUCCUGUACGGCCGCCUGGGUGCUUUGUUGAAGCGAGGGGUAGAGGGGCAUAAGCUGCUUGAGCUGCUGAAGCGGGUUGCUUUUGCCUAUGCAAGGCUGGGGGCCCCCUGCUUGUUCUUACACCACAAGGAAUUCGACCUUGUGGACCUUGGUUUUGUGAAAUUGCACCGCUCACCCAAGAACGAUAUCGUGGCCUCAAUCGAGGAGCCCCUCGCGGUCAGGGCGCUUUCCAACUUCCUGGAAAGGGAGCUUAAAUGGAGUGCCAAGGAGCACACGCUGACUCUGAUGGCGCAGAGCAAACCCUUCCCAGCCAUGCUGGGGCAGUGGUUCGAAUUGGUGGCUCCCGACCAGCUUCCCCAGCUUUUCGAAACCGACGGGGCUCUAGCGGAUAUGCCACUCUUCAGCAACCUCAAGAGAGAGCUGCCGGAGUGCUUUCAGAGGGAGGGUGCGAGCUUGGCACGCGUCCGGUUGGCUCCCGAUGGCAAGUACUGCUUCGAAACAGUGGCUAACCCGACAGGGUUAGAUGCCGUAGUGCGCCUAGCGACCAAGGGCAUGGGCGUGCUUGAGUGGCUGCAAAACCCCAAUGGGGUCGUCUGGUUCUUUCCUGAGACGAGCGCUGGACCAGACCUUCUCUUUUUCGUGGUUGUUGGGGGUCAGCUCUAUCUUGUUAUCUGUCAACUGAAGCUUCGGUGGAAGUUGGACAGCCUAGCCAGGGCCAUCCAAACGGUCGACCCCAAGUACCUGUUUGAGGGGAAAGUGGACAAGGAGGAGUUGCGAAAAGUGGCACAGAAGGCGCUUAGCAAAGAGAGGGGGGUGGACGGGGUGAUCAGCCUUUUCAUCGGGUAUCCCCUCAGAACCCGGAUGAGAGAGUUUGUUGCCAAGAAGACGGCUGCUGAGGAGGAGGAUAGAAAGAGGAAGGGCAAGCAGGCGGAUGAUGACAACAUGGUGGAGCCGUCCAUCCGGGUUAAGGCAGGGGACAGGCCCCCUAAGAACGUCCAAGCGUCCACUGUGAGCGAGUCUCAGGCGCCAGUUGAGCGGUACGGCAUGUUGAGCGCAGCAGACUCGCUGCUGUGCACAGUGCUUGACAAACAUAUUGAGAGGUCGAAAGGAAGAUGCGGGAGUCGAUGGCACAGGCUGAGAAGAAGGUGGGCAGAUGACAGGGGAGGAGUUAGCGAAAGAAAGGGCAGGCGGACGGAUGUGAGCACGAAAAUGAGAAGGAUCGAAACCAAAGGGGAGGGACAAGAAAGGGGCUGGCAAGUCGGGGCAAGGCUGCGGACUUGA